AUGUCUCGGAAUGAUGUGGAUGGCUCAUUGAAUGACGUCAACCCGGACUUAUUAGAACUAAGCAAAGACCCGGUUGCCUGGCGGGAGCAGCGGCGACGUGCACUGCAAGAAAAGGUGUUUGGUCACGGUAGAGAGGGCGGCAGUUCUGUGAGUUCCGUCGCUCCUGCACCUGCCAAUGGCCCCCCUUCUGGUGCAACGGCGUCCAGUGCGCCCAGCGUUUCUGGUGAAUUCGGCCGAAAGAUGGAAGAGCACGAGACGCACGUUCUUCAGCAGAUCAUGUCCCACAAGCGGCGACGUGAUGAUGCAGCCAAAUCAGAGGCGACACCGGCCGUCUCGGCGAGCCCCGUUGGGCUCUCGAUGAAGGAAAAACUCUUGCGGCGGUUGAAGAACCCACAUUAG